GUCAGUCAGUGCGUCCUCCGCCGGCUGUGAGGGGGCAGACAAACCACCAGGACCGACUUUGGGAUUUAUUAUUCGGCGUGAGCGAACUCCUGGAUUACAAAACACCAUCUUUAUUUCUCUUUUUGGUUGUUGUUGUUUUUAUUAUUAUUAUUUCUUCGACUUCUGGGUUUGAGGAAACAACCUGCCACUAUGUCUCGCGCUCCAGAGGAUGUGUGCAAGCUCACUGAAAACACAUACAAGAUUGUCAUGGACCAGUUCAACCCGGGCCUGAGGAACCUGGUCAACCUAGGGAAGAGUUAUGAGAAAUCAGUCACAGCGAUGACUCUUGCUGGAAAGGCCUACUUUGAUGCAGUCUCAAAGGUUGGAGAGAAUGCUAUGGUGUCUCCGGUCUCCAGAGAGCUUGGUGUGGUUCUGAUGGAGAUCGCUGAGGCCCACAGGAAGGUCCAUAAUGAACUGGAAGAAAACUUCAAAGGGUUCCACAGAGAGGUUGUUGUCGAGCUCGAGAAGAAGACAGAGAUGGAUGUUAAAUACAUGAAUGCCACCUUCAAGCGCUAUCAGUCAGAGCACAAGCUGAAGCAGGACUCCCUGGAGCGCUCACAGACAGACCUGAAGAAGCUCCGGAGGAAAAGUCAGGGAAAGAACUCGUCCAAGUAUGAGAUUAAAGAAAAUGAGUAUAUGGAAACCAUCUCAUCGCGACAGAUGGACAUGCAGAAGUUCAUCUCUGACGGAUGCAAAGAAGCUUUACUGGAAGAAAAGAGGCGCUUCUGCUUCCUGGCCGACAAACACUGCAUGUUCUCCUAUCAAACCAGCAACUUCUACGAGAAGGCCAAAGAGACUCUAGCAGUGAAGAUCCCCAGCUGGCAGGAAAAGUGCAGCGACAUCACAAAGGUGCCGGACACGGUGAUGACCAUGAUAGAGGAGCUGUCCACCACUCCAGAACAAUCGCCGCAGGUCGAACGCUACAACAGGAACAAUGUGGAGUCAAUGGGUCCUCCACCUGCACCGCCACUGAAGGCACAAAUCAGUCCACUCGCCAACAUGUUCAACCCAGAGCCCAGAUCUCCCCUCACCUCCUCUUCAGACCACAACUCAGACCAGGGCAGUCUUGGAGAGGGCAGCCUGUCCAGGUCUACAUCUCAGUCGUCUGGUCUCAACGUGGGCAGGAAGCACAGAGUCAGGACCAUCUUUCCCCACACGGCGGGCAACAACCCCACACUCCUCAGCUUCGACGAAGGCGACAUCAUCGCACUGCUCAUCCAGGAAGAGAAAGACGGCUGGCUGUACGGAGAGCUGGAGAAGACACAGCAUCGGGGCUGGUUUCCCUCAUCUUACUGCAGACCUUAUACUGAGGCCGUCAUAUCAAAUAGCAAUCUGGGGACGCCGGUCCGCCGCCUGAGUGUAGCAAGUCUCCCGGAGCAGGAGGAGGAAGAGCCGGUGCUACUGCCCCCCCCAGACUACAGCGAUGAGAACCCAGCGGUCCCCUCGACGCCCUCGCCACAGAACAAAGUGUCUUUAGUCAAUGGGACUGCAAAGGCUCCCUUUCUGGGAGGAGGGAAUCCGUUUGCCACAGUCAAGCUGAGGCCGACCGUCACGAAUGACAGAUCGGCGCCAGUCGUCUGACACCCAGCAGGAGGAUUAUCACAGGAGUCAUGCCUCCAUGGGGGUCAAAAACAGGGGACCCCUGUGACACACCAGAUAUCACCCCCAACCUGACGUCUCGCCUGCAUGCUAGUCUCUCUCAGUACCAGUGUGCUCUAUUAUCUGGAUCCGUUGUUUCAUUGAACAAGUGUAUUUAACAUGUAUCACAACAGGGAAAUAUUUCUCAAUCAACAGAUGAAACACAAGAACUCUGAACGUCUUUUGUUGUACAAAAACAAACAUUUUGUUUUUAAAGUAAAUGUCUGAGAACAAUCCAUCCCAAAAUGAACAUUCAGAAUUUGUCUAGUUGCAUAAAAUAGUUCAGAAUAAAAGCAGUGGAGUGCUACUAGUGCAAAGCAAAAGAAGAAGGAAAUGUCUGGUUUACAUUUCAUGUCACUUUAAACAGCUCUGAGAUAAUAAAAACAGCAGGCUUAAAACACUUAAAAUAAGUCUUGUUUACUGUAUAUAAGUAUCAUGCAAAAGCAGCCAAUCAGCAUGCAGCAUGUGAAUGAGCUGGCCCUGUCACUAUACCACAGAAACUCCUGCAGUAUAAGGAGAGGGAGCAUGUAAACGUUACCAUAUUAAAUGGCUAAUGCUGAAACAUGCUCACCAUAUAUAACUGUAGUAUUAGUUUAUGGAUUAUAACUCUAAACAUCAGGAAAUAACACAAACUAGUAAACAUGCUAAUUGAAAGUGAAAGUGUAAAAAAACAAACCCAGUUUCUUCCAGUCCUUUCAUCCUAACAGUAGGUUAAAAAGAAUCUCAAAACUUUUUAGACAAACAUUACCUUAAACCUAAAUGGGCUUAAAAGCAAAUGAAUUAAAAUGAACAAGAAUUUGUUUUAAUAAUCUGAGGUAACUGUUAGCAUGAACUGUUGUUGCAGUUAUAAACUGCAUUUAGCAUUAUAACACACAGCUUAAAUAUAGGUAUGAAGGCUUACUGCAGUGGUUCCCAACCUCUGGUGACCCCAGAUUAUCCAGACCACAUACAGCUUUUGGCUAAAAUUCAUUUGUUUUCAAUCAUGUAUUAUAUAUUUUUUUCUACUAUGUUUCAAGUAAACAUUGAUUUUAGACCACAUUCAGGCUUUUUGUGUAUAUUAUUGUGAACAGAGGAAGAAUCUGCAAGUUUAUUGUUUUGACAUUGGCUAUAAUGGCCCACAGUAGCCUGUGUUCACUAUAUUUAAUAUACAAUAUAUUUUUUAUCGAUCAAUAAAUACAAAUUUCAUGGGACCCCAUUUGAAUGCUUUUCGUUCGGGACCCGGAGGUUGGGACAGCCUGACUUAUUGUGUUAUGUGUUCAGAGCUUUUAUUCCCAUGCUUAACGAGAUAAAACCAGAGUCUUCAUUUUGGGGUGGACUGUCCCUUAAGAGGGUUUGUUUUCCUGCAGUCCGCAGUGUUUGAAUACAGAUAGAAGAGAUGUUAAAGAAAGUGAAGAAAAGCUGAUGCUGAUGAAAAAGACACAGGCUGUUUUCCUGACUUGCCAACACAAAAAAAAAACAUCUGAUAUGUUAUUAUUUCUAUUUUUAUUGACUAUGUUUGUGUUUCUUUUUU